ACUCACAAUGAGCGCGCCAACAAUUAGGCAAUCGAAGGGCUACCGAAACAUAAACAGAUCCUGGCGCAUUGCGCCUGCGUUGGAUGCGCUUCGGUGUUUCUCUUUAUUCCAUACGAUUCCCAGCUGAGGACAGUUCCCAUCCCAUCUCCGUUCGGGACAGUGUUCUGUAGUUGGAGCCGUCGUCUCACUCUCGAUGUGUCAUGUUCUUGAACCGAGAGAAUGUAGCCAAACAUUGCACGGACGAGACAGACCCACCCACUCAGAAUACGCAAUUGCCGAGCCUUUCAGCAGCAGACAGGGAAAAUUAGGUCGGUGUUUGUUAUUGUUUCCAGCGUUGUGCCUGGGUACCUUUGGCGGAGUGUUCGUCUCAUUGGUGAAUGACUUCUGUGGAGGAAUGUCGCAUAGUGCAUAACCGUAGAUUAUAUCGUUAUCGUGUUAACGUUGGAAGAAAUCAUUGCCCAUCCUUGGAAAACUUUUUUGUUCGGUUAGUGAAGUGUUUUGUGCGUCGUUCAUUGGAGAAGGUAGAAACCAAUCGACUUAUGCACACUCGAAAAUAGAAGAGACGUGAAAUCGAAUCAGCAGCCGUUUGUUUAAUUUGGUUUGUUGUGAGUGGAUAUUGGAGAAGUGAAGAAGAUCAAUAGGACUGCACUUUUUGCAUGGCACAACUCAAAGAUGAAGGACAAUUGAGACGUGUGAUCAAUGAUGUCGGACCUCGAAUGCACCUGUUCUUGAUGGCCAUAGCCCUGUACUUCUCGUUGAUAGGACUCACCUCACGACGGACAGCCGCAUCCACUGCGCUGAAAUGUUUACCCAUCAUAUGCUUGUGGCUCUUCAUACUGCAGUCAGACUUCAAGCGAACGAAAAUUCGCCGUUACAAGAGCCUAAUCCUGAUUGGGUUAAUAUUCUCCUGCGUAGGGGACUUGCUGCUUAACUAUGACCUAUUCGAGGCCGGCAUGGGCGUAUUCGGGAUCGCCCAAAUCUUCUACAUAUCAGCGUUCGGAUUCCGCCCGCUACGGCCACUGGUUGGGAUUCCCUUAUACUGCGCAGGUGUCGCAUCGCUUGCGAUCAUGUUCGAAAACUUCCCACCCACCAUCCAGAAGUUUCUUCCAAUCUACGGUGCCCUACUGUUGACCAUGUGCUGGCGAUCGCUGGCCAGGAUCAACACGUUCAAGAACACAACCCGCGUGGCGUGUGGAAUUGGCAGUGUGCUGUUCGUCAUAUCCGACAGUAUUAUUGCGAUCGACAUGUUCUACGUGCCAGUGGAUUACGCUCAGACACUCAUCAUGAUUACCUACUACCUGGCUCAGUUCGGAAUUGCGCUGAGUGUUGUCGAGGAGACGGAUUCCGCUGCCACCACAAAACAACGAGAAACUACCAAAUCUCCCUAUCAAAGCCAAAACAGUGCGAAGCGAAAGUGAUUAGUGAACCGAAGGACUUCCCGGAGUGAUUGGGCAGCAAUUCCAGCGAAAUGAUAACCCGCGAAGGUGUAACAAACUUAUCCAAAUUUUAAACAAUAGUAGGUGCGUUAACAUAAAGUGUGCAAAUUCUAUAAAAUAGUAAAACGAGACUGUGAUCUAUAUCUUCCCUCGCAUUAAGAGGACUCUGUCGCAGAAUAGGCGCGUUUGUACAGUCACCGCAAUAUGUUUGUAGCGAGACUAUGAUCCGUACGUUAGGGACAACAAUUUUAUUUUUCAAAGUAGAUUUAGGCUCUUAUAAAGUUUCCGAAAUCGUAGACCAUGAGACUGUGCGUGUUUUGUUUAGCGUUUAGAAUGUUUUACACACUACGAAAUACAACUUCAAUGUUCCAAACCACGUCAA